CGCGAGACAGCUGUGGGGACUGCUAGCUCCAGACCUAGGUAGGGCAGUUAGAGGUCCCGCUGGGCCAACCGGCCAGGUGUUGGUCCUCUGGUGGAGAGUGUGGCAGAGGGUGGCUUUCUCCCGGGGACCUUCCAGGCCUCACGGCUGCAGAAUACACUCCCUGGAAACAUAGGAGUGCCUCCUUUAAGAGCAUGCAACGCUUUGCCUAAUCCUCAAACUGAAAGAAACCUUUUCUACGCGGUGUUAGCUAGGUAGCUCCACUUGUGACCUGGAGGUGGCGCCAAUGCCCCACUUCAUCGUUGGUGCUGUGGGAACUACAUUACCCAGGAGCCUCGGCAGCUCUGGGCCAAUGAAGCCCCAAGAAAGAGGAGUUUCCGUUCACAGGGACGAUGCCUGGGCGGGACUUCCUAUUCUCGUUUUGGGCGGACGUAUUGUUUGCUUUCGGAUUAGUCCGCCAGGUCCGUCUCCAGAAGGCUACGUCACACACGAGGUGACGCGCCGCGGAAAACGUGAGCGGCGUUGUUGCUGUAGAGAGAGGCGGACUUGAGGAUUGGUAGUGGCGGUGCUCGGGUGACCGGGCCGCCGGAGCCCGCGACCUAGCACCUGUCGCUCUGUAGCUGCUCGUCUUCCCCAGUCCUCGGGUGCCGAUGGCCGCCGCCGUGCUGACGGACCCGGCGCAGGGAAAUGUGACCUUUGAGGAUGUGUUCGUGUCCUUCUCCCAGGAGGAGUGGGGGCUCCUUGAUGAGGCUCAGAGGCUCCUGUACCGCGAAGUGAUGCUGGAGAACUUUGCACUGAUGGCCUCACUGGGAUACACAUCUUCCGUGGCCCAUGGGGUUUCCCCACAGGAGCUGGGCAGGGAGCCCUGGGUCUCUGACGGGGCCGACACGACUCCAGCCCUGACCAGAGAGGCUCAGAGUGCAGGUGCCCCUGGUGAGUGGGAGCUGGGGAAAGUGCGAUGUCGGGCUGGGUUCUGGUCACUCUCCAGCCUCUCGGUGCCACUGCCCACACUUCGUUCCUGUCUUUACUGCCCU